CUUUCUCAUCUCUAAAGUGGUCAAAUUUGACAAAUCGAUGAAAGUAAAACCCUAAACCCUCUCCACCCAUGGGAAGAAGACGAUGGAGGCCCUCCUUAACCCUAGCCAAUGCUUCUUCCCCUAUCUCCCACCUUCUCGUUUCAACGCAGAGACCGUUUGGUUCCUCCGCAGCCGCCGUCGCUGUCACCUCCGAAUCCUUACCCACCCCGAGUCCCACCUCCCAUCUUCUCUCCGAGGUCUCCUCCAUCCUUACUCGCCGCAGCUGGCACCGGAGCCUCGUUUUAAGAAAACUGGCUUCAUCUCUUACCGGCCAUCAUGUCGCCGAGCUUCUCCAAGGCCUCAGCUGCGACCUAAAUAAAACCCUAGCAUUCUUUCAAUGGAUUGGCAUCAGGCCGGACUAUAGCCAUACCGUUGAAUCCUACGAAGCCCUCUUCAGAAUUCUCUUAAAAUCCAAAUUUUCAAUCAACCUGUACAAGUUGGUAAUCUCCAUGCUCAAAUCAUCCGCCUCCUCGGAAGAUGCGCGCAGGGCUUUUUCGGUAAUCAAAGAGCUGAGACGUUCAGUGAGCGGACGGCAUGGUUUUGGUGUUAAAUUCGAGCCGUCGCUCUGGAUUUAUAAUCUUCUGCUGAAAUCCAUGGCGAGCUUCAGAUUGAUGAGUGAGGUGAAAGAACUGUUUCGGCUGAUGCUCAAAGAUGGGAUUUUUCCAAAUAAUUUUACUUAUAACACCAUCAUCAAAGCUUAUUGCGAUGAAGGAAAUCUUGCAGAGGUGAAGAAGUAUAUUAAAAAUUUAUCGGAUGCUGGAUUGAACCCAGAUUCUUUUACUUACAAUUCUCUAAUAUUGGGGCUUUGUAGGGAUAAUGAUUUGGAAAUGGCUUGCUGGGUCUUACUGAUGAUGCCAGAAAUGGGAUGCAGGAGGAAUGUAUAUUCUUAUUCAAUUAUAAUUCAAGGUCUCUGUGAGGCCCAUCGGAUCAAGGAAGCCUUCUUCUUCUUCUCCAAGAUGAAAGAUGACCGUUGUCCCCCAAACUUACACACUUACUCAAUGCUCAUUAAUGGGCUCUGCAAGGAAGGAAAGCUUGCGGUUGCAGAGAAAUUAUUGAAAGAGAUUUUGAAGCAGGAUUUCCUUCCUAACACGGUGACAUAUAACACUUUGAUUGAUGGGUACUGCAAGGCUCAAAGGAUUGAUUCGGCUUUCAAAGUGAAAGAAUUGAUGGAAUCAAAUGGAUGCAAAGCAGAUGAUUAUACUCAUUCAAUCUUGAUCAGUUCUCUCUGUAAGGAGAAUAAGCUCGUUGAUGCAGAAUCCAUGCUUGAAACAGCCAUUAAGAACGGUUUGAAGUUCAAUGCAUUCCCAUAUACUUGCUUGAUUGAUGGAUAUUCUAAAAGGAGAAAAUUUAUCGAUGCUAUUCGUGCUCUAAAUCUUAUGAAAUUUAAUAAUUGCAAGCCUGAUAUUUAUGUUUAUUCUUCUCUAAUCAAUUGUUUGUGUAAGGAGAAUAGACUUGAUGAUGCUAGGAUGAUGUUGAAUACAGUUCUUAGUGAAGGGCUCGUUCCAACUGUUGUUACUUUCAGUCCCUUGAUUGGUGGGUUUUGUAAUAAAGGAAAUAUAAAUGCUGCACUUGAAAUUGUAGAGCUGAUGGAGUCAAAUGGGUGCAAAACAAACUCUUGGAUUUAUAAUUUGUUGAUGCAAGCAUUUUGUCAAAGGAGAAAUGUGCAAAAGGCGAUGGCUUUGCUACGCAAAAUGCAAAAUGAUGGGUUAUCUCCUAAUAUUGUUACAUAUACGGUACUAACUCAAGGACAGUGCGAUGAAGAUGAGAUCGAGAGUGCCUUUAUGCUGGUUAAAUCGAUGGAGUUUAAUGGUUUCAUUCCUGAUGAGCAUAUAUAUUCGAUUCUAAUAGAUUCGUUAUGCAAGCAUGGGAGAACUGAGGAAGCUAUUUUACUCUUUCACUCUUUGAAUGGUAAAGGUGUAAGAACGAAUGAAGUGAUCUAUAGUGCGCUUAUAGAUGGGUUAUGUAAAGGUGGAAUGAUCGAUAUGUCUCUUUCUCUUUUUGACAAAAUGGUUUUUGAGAACUGCUUGCCCGACACAUACACGUACAGCUCUUUGAUAGAUGGUUUGUGUAAAGCGAAUAAACUGAACGAAGCAUUGUCGUUAGUCGGAGAUAUGUUGAAGAGGGGGAUAGAGCUUUCAACCACAACAUAUACAAUUCUUAUUGAUAAUAGAUUGAAAGAAGGGGACUAUGAAGGUGCCAAGAGACUGUUGGAUGAAAUGUGUUAUUUGGGUUAUAAGCCUAAUGCUGUGACAUAUACCAUGUUUAUUCGUGCCUAUUGCGGCGAAGGAAGGAUGGAGGAGGUGGAAAAUGUCUUUUCUGAAAUGAGAAAAGCAGCAGUUUUACCUGACUUGAUUACAUACACCACCUUGAUGGAUGGUUAUGUAAAUUUAGGAUUUACGGAUCGAGUUUUUUGUUUGCUGAAAGAAAUGAUUGAUUCUGCAUGCCAACCCGAUUACUUUACUUACUUUGUUAUACUAAAGCAUUUAUAUAUGAGAAAGGUGACUAAUUUUAGUGAUAAUGACAUUAGUGAUAUGUGGAAAGUAGUGAAAAUGGACAUCAUUUUGGAGCUUUUUGAUGAGAUGGUUGGACAUGAUUGUUGUCCUGAUAUUGUCACUUAUAAUGCCGUUAUUUCGGGCUUUUGCAAAGAAGGAAGAUUGGAAGAAGCUAAUUUGCUUUUUGAUGAGAUGGUUGGACAUGAUUGUUGUCCUGAUAUUGUCACUUAUAAUGCCGUUAUUUCGGGCUUUUGCAAAGAAGGAAGAUUGGAAGAAGCUAAUUUGGUGUUUAAUCAGAUGAAAGAACGAGGCUUGGCUCCAGACGAAGAUACGUAUACUUUUCUCAUUAAUUGUUUCUGCAAUUUGAAGAUUUACGAUGAGGCUUCUUCAUGGAUUGGCUCUAUGAUUGAAUGUGGUUAUCUGCCGCAUAUAAGGACCUAUCAUCUUCUUCUAAGAGGGCUUUGUGAAGAGUGUAAGUUUGAGGAAGCUAAAGUAAGGUUCCAUGAAAUACUUGGAUUGGGUUAUAAUUUUGAUGAAGUUGCAUGGAAAGUUCUUAUAGAUGGGCUAAUGAAAGAAGGAUUUGCUAAUGUGUGUUCUGAUAUGUUCUCUAUUAUGUUGGAGAGGCGCUGUUGUCUUGGUUCGCUGACACAUUCUCUGUUGAGUGAGAGUUUAUCUCAAGCGUCGAAUGAGGAAAAAGAGCAGUUUGAGUCUUCAAGGUAUGGAACCUCUCCUUUCUUUGAUGCUUCCCAUUUUGAGGAGGAUGUGGUGACAUGCUCACUCGGCAUUACUAUUGCAUGCUCCGGCGAGAUGAUGCAUUGUUGGGGUUCAAAACGGGAAGGAAAAAGCACAGCGAGCAGAGAAAUGGCGACGGCGACGAGGCUGAUGGCAAAGAGAUCGAGCAAGUACUUGGAGGAGGCGCUGUACACGAGACUCUUCCGAGAGGGAAGCUCGCCACUGAGCAUCAGAAAGGAGCUAACCCUCUUUCUUAAGAGCCGGAAGCGCGUCUUCAAAUGGGAGGUCGGCUUAUCCAUUCGCAAGCUUCGGGAACGAAAACGCUUCCGUCCAGCUCUCAAGCUUCAAGAGGCCAUGGCCAAGAGAGGUAUGAACUUGACACUGAGUGAUCACGCAAUCCAGCUAGAUCUUGUAGCCAAAUCCAGAGGACUUGGUGCCGCAGAGGAAUAUUUCAUUAAGCUCCACGAACAUGCUAAAAACCACUUGACAUAUGGCGCUCUCCUCAAUUGCUACUGCAAGGAGCUCAAAACAGAGAAAGCCGAAGCCCUCGUCGAGAAGAUGAAGGAGCUGAACUUCAUGUCCACUUCUAUGGCGUACAACAGCUUAAUGACCCUCUACUCCAAAACCAAUCAGCCUGAGAGAAUUCCCACCAUCAUACAAGAAAUGAAGGCUAAUGCCAUAUUGCCUGAUUGCUUCACGUACAAUGUUUGGAUGAGAGGCCUCGCUGCCAUGAAUGACAUAUCUGCCGUUGGCAGAGUUAUCGAAGAGAUGAAGAGAGAUGGCCGGAUUUCGGCGGAUUGGACGACCUAUAGUAAUCUCGCAUCCAUCUAUGUCGAUGCCGGCAUGUUUCAGAAAGCAGAAGCAGCUCUGCAAGAACUAGAAAAGAGAAAAUCACUUUCAAAUCUUGAGGCUUACCAGUUCCUGUUGACGCUUUAUGGCCGAACCGGCAAUCUCGUCGAAGUUCACCGUGUAUGGCGAUCUCUGAAGCUCGCUUUCCCGAAGACACCGAAUAUUAGUUAUUUGAAUGUGAUUCAGGUGCUUGUGAAACUGAAUGAUAUGCUGGCCGCCGAGGAAAUUUUCAAGGAAUGGGAAUCUCAGUGCUCGACGUACGAUAUGCGGGUGGCGAAUGCAUUGAUUGGGGCUUACUUGAAGGAAGACAUGGUUGAGAAAGCCGAAGCGUUUAAGAAGAGAGCAAAGAAGAAAGGUGGACGGCUGAAUUCGAAGACAUGGGAGAUCUUCAUGGAGUAUUACAUGAGGAAAGGGGAUAUGAAGAUGGUGCUGCGGUGCGUCGAUCGCGGAGUUAAGAAGGGUAGAAGCCAUGGGAGGAUCUGGGUGCCGAAGAGUGAAGUUAUCAUGGCCUUGAUGGUUUGGUUUGAGCAGAAUAAGGCGGUUAAGAGCGCGGAAAAAUUGAUGGAGCUUUUGAAGAUGGUGCGGCAUGAAUUGGGAGGGGACGUUUUUGAGGCCCUUUUGAGGAUUUAUGUGGCGGCCGGAAAGAGAAGCCCCGGUAUUCGGCAGAGGUUGAAGAUGGAGAAUGUGGUGAUCAGCAGUGAGACAGAGAAGUUGCUUGAAACUGUCUGUGUGGAAUAA